AUGGAAUCUUCAAAUGAUAUCUUAAUGAGUGACUCGUUUAACGAGUUAAGGCCUUUAGAAAUUAAGAUGUCAACUUCCAGCACCUUCUCGGGCUCUUGUAUUAUUAAUUUGGGGAACACAAUAGCUAAAUGCUUAGUUAAUUUACCAAAGAUAUCAACUAAAAAGGCCUCAACUGAAUAUGGCCAAUUUACGCUUGAACUAACGUCAAACUAUCUGUUUCACACCCCAAAGUAUCUGGAAACACUAAAAUCUCAUAUCAUUGAAACGUUCGAAAGACAUAUUCUCUUACAAAAUUACCCAUCGCAAAUCAUUGAGGCAUACAUCAUCGUUUCAAACGACGAUGGAGGUCUCCUUCCUGCCCUUAUCAUGGGAAUGUGCCUCGCGUUAAUCGACUGCGGAAUACAAGUGUACGAUGUUAUUUCGGCCUGUUCAGUGUGUAUUUUUAAAGAUCAUGAUGGAAACUUGGUAACUGGACUAGAUUUUAACAAAACGGAACUAUCUUAUUACCAGUCAAAGGACCCUUACUUUACUGUUGUGAACCUGGGGUACUGCUGCAAUUUACGCAAUGUUGCAUUUUUGGAAUCAAAGGGGAAUUAUUCAGCGGAACAUAUCGGAAAAGCGUUGGAAGUUGCCGAGGUGGCCUGUAACUUAAUUUCUGGAGAGUUAUUUAAGAUUUUAAAGGAAAACCACACAUGGAGAUGUGAAAAUUCUAAUUUCGCAUUACAAACAGAAUAUAUUCAGCCUGAUGUGGAUUUAAAUAAAUAA